AUGAUUUUGACAUUAAGGCUUGUCACGACAGUUGCUUUUUUUGCCUAUUUGACAUUAAGUUUUUACACUGUUUACAUUUUAUUUAAGAGCAACAGUAGCGUGAGAAACAUUGAAUUUGCUCACGGAAAAUUAGCUUUGCCCGAUGACGGUGAAAUUUGGAAUCCCUCGGUAGAAAAAUUUAAACGAGAUCCUCCGGUAAACAAUAAAUCUUUUAUAGUGCAUAAGUCUCUUUUGAAAUUGUCGAAUGAACGCUUGGGUUUUGGUAAACAAUUUUAUAAAUCUAAGUCGCACGAAGUAAAUCAGUCGUCUGAGACAUACAACGUGGAAAUAUGGGGAAAAGCUGCAAUAGGCUUAUAUUUGUGGGAGCAUAUUCUUAUUGGAAAAACUGAAAGUAAAAUGGAUGGUACCUGGAGCUAUGGCUUCAAAAAGAUUGAAAAUUUUGUAUUUCAGUUUCGCACAGGGCCAGGCGUUAUACCAACAAAAACACCAAAAGACGUGGAACAUUUGAUAUUAGUUCUGAAUGGAAGAAGUGAAGAGAAAGUGUCAUUCGCAAAAAUGUGGUUGGAAUUUCUUCCACAGUUCAACAAUUUGAAAAGCACAAUUUUGAUUAUGUUGGGUAAUGAAGAGUGCAAUAAUGAUUGGAUAAUUCCAUAUACUUCAAAAGCAGGUGGUUUAGUGAACAAAACUUUUAUUGUUUACGAUAGUCCUUUAGUUGAUAACAAGCAUUUUUAUCAAUGGCCUUUGGGAAUAGCCACAUACAGAGGUUUUCCUAAAAUUGACCCUAAGCAGUUGGAUCUUGAGAAUGCACGCCCAUACACAUGCAACUUUUUAGGAUCUGUCUAUGCUCACUCAUCCAGGGAAAAACUACUCAAUAUAAUACACAAAUACAAUCUUACUCAGUUUUGUUUUGUUAAAGGAAGGAAGGAGUGGCAACCUCGGGAAACUGAAAACUCCCUCAAUAUUUACAUUCAGAGCAUACGUUUGAGCGACUUAACACUGAACCCUGUCGGAAUGAACUCGGAAUGCUACCGAAUUUUCGAAGCCAUGCAGUUUGGAUCUGUACCUGUUGUAGAAAACGUGAUGACACCUGGGGCUUGUGGCAAUUCUAAAGGAAUUGAGGCUCUUGCUCCUCUGAGAUUGUUGAAGUUUUAUAAAGCCCCAGUUAUAUACAUUAAUGACUGGUUGGAACUUCCGGAUUUGAUUAAAAAGGAGCAAAAGAUGACAUUGCAUGAGAAAAUCAAUCGACGAAUUAAUCUGGUGGAGUGGUAUGAAAAUUUUAAACUCAAUUUGAAAGGACAAUUGCUCGCAGUUUUAAAUGAGCUUACUUCAAAAAGAUAAUAUCUUCAUCAUACUGGUAUGCUUUUGACCCUAUAGGUAUCUGCUUAUCCCGCAAUUUCCAUGGAUAACCAUAGUU